CUGUGCCCAAUUUUGGAGCCAGCCCCCUGAGAUGCCCGGGCCAAUCAAGAGACCACACAUUGUUGCCUAAGAGACCCCGGAUGCCAGCGACAGGGUUUAUAGACGAUGAUUGGGCUGCUGGGAGCGGGGAGGGAUGGGGGCUGGAAGGAGUCAAAGAAAGAGCUGACCUACUGGAACUAUGGCAACCUCAGAGCUAGAGGCUUGAAGAAGGAGACCAGCUACAAAAGGUAUAUUAUUUCUUAUAGAAAAAUACCCAGUCAUCCCAUGAUGGCAUUUGCUCCUCCAAAAAGCACAGAUGGCCCCAAAAUGCAGACAAAAAUGAGCACCUGGACACCCCUAAACCAUCAGCUUCUAAAUGACCAGGUAUUUGAAGAAAGAAGGGUCCUGCUUGGAAAAUGGUUUGACAAAUGGACAGACUCUCAAAGGAGGAGGAUCCUCACAGGUCUGCUGGAGCGCUGCUCCCUGGCCCAGCAGAAGUUCUGCUGUCGAAAGCUGCAGGAAAAAAUCCCAGCAGAGGCCCUGGAUUUCACUACCAAGCUUCCAAGGGUGUUAUCUGUCUAUAUCUUUUCCUUUCUGGACCCUCGGAGCCUUUGUCGCUGUGCACAGGUGAGCUGGCACUGGAGGAACCUGGCUGAGCUGGACCAGCUCUGGAUGCUCAAGUGCUUACGCUUUAACUGGUACAUCAGUUUCUCCCCAACUCCCUUCGAGCAGGGCGUAUGGAAGAAGCACUACAUUCAAAUGGUGAAAGAACUUCAUGUCACCAAGCCCAAGACGCCUCCAAAAGAUGGAUUCGUUGUUGCUGAUGUUCAGCCAGUUCCUGGCAGUUCUCCAGAAGGACAGUCCCCUUUUCGGGCCUCCUCCUCUUUGAGAAAGAAGAAUAACCUUGGGGAGAAAGACCUUCCACCGUGGCGGUCUUCCGAUAAGCAUCCUACUGAUAUCAUCCGCUUUAAUUACCUAGACAACUGUGACCCCGAGCACCUCUGGCAAGGAAGGAGGAAAAGACCUGAAGUGACUCCAGACUUCAAGCGGCAGAUUCGAGAUAAGAAAACUAAGCUUCAGGACAGAGCCAGACUGAAAAAAGCACAGUCACUGAUGUACCUAAGUUCCAGCUCCCCUCCAAAAGCUCCAGUUCAUCUCGCCUGGCCUCCUCAUCUUCCAGUGGGACCCUCAGCCCCCAAAGCAGCAACUAAAAUUCUCAUGGAACACCUUCAGACACACCCUGGGCUUCAGUCCCUCCCCCUUGUAGGCUCCAGAACUGAAACGAAUUGAAGGAAGGGAAAGGACUUUCCUAGAAAAGGCAAGAUGUUCUACAUGACAAAGAAUUGGAUUCUAGCCAACUCCUCCAUUAAACUCUCCAAGUUUAAGUGCCUUGUUGUGAAUGGUCCUGUGAAUCCUACAGUAUUUCAGUAAAAAGAACACAUAGCAGAGAGGUUAACAAAUGCAGAAAUUUAGAACUCUGAUAAUAGGUACCUUGGGGUUGUUGAAGGGACACUUGAUGGUAUCAUUGAUAAUACUGGGGAUAAGAGGCAGGGUCCCAGAAGGAAAUGACAUGCAUCCACAGGGCUCCUUGAGUAGUUUGGUGAAGGAGCUACUUAUUACAGUGUCUUAGCAUGUUGGGGCUGCAGUGAAAACUGGGGGUUUCAACAGCAGAAAUGUAUUUCCUCACAGUGUGGAAGGUGGGAGUCUGAGACAAGGUGUCAGCAGGGGUGGUUUUUCCUGUGGUCUCUCUCCUUGGCUUAUAAAUGGUCAUCUUCUCCCUAUACUAUUUACAUGAUCUCUUCUGAGUGUCUGCUUCCUAAUCUCGUCUUCUAAGUCAUUUUGCAUUAGGGCCCAUCCUAACA